AUGGCUCUCACACCUGUCAUGCUCGCCCUCACACUCUCACUCUCCCUCCUAGCGUCAUUGUCCACAGCUCAACCACCCUCCUACUCCCCAACAUAUGCUCCAACGACCACUCCCUCCACACCUGCGCCAACAACCACCGCUCCGCCACCGACCGUUUCAGCUCCUUCUCCCACCGUCACUGCCACUCCGCCCAGCACCUCCGCCAGCCCUCCUGAAAUGCCUCCGAUGCCUGCUUCUCCUAUGCUCAGCCCGCCAAGCCCAGUCCCGUCUUCUAUGAGCUCGCCGCCUGCACCAGCCGGUCCAGGAGAACCUCCCGCAACCCCUCCAGGCCCCAUGCCAACACCAUCACCGGCACCAUCGACCCCAAACGGCUCAGGUGCAUUUGUUCAUGGAGUUAACACGGCCUUGCUGCCAUUCCUGGCCGGAUCAGCUAUUGCACUACUACUCCUUGCUUAA